AUUGAAACCAACCUUAAGCUUUUCUUAUCUCCGCCCUAAAGGUAGCACCGAUUAUUGCUGACUUAAGCAUCGAAGUGUCUACCCCGAGUUCCACCUCGGGGCUUUGUAGGUCAUUCCGAAGUGCAAGCGCGGACUAGAGAAGGACUUCGGGUCUGGUGCAAUUACAUUGGCGCCGUCUGUGGGAAUCAAACUGAAAGCUUUCCAGCUGCUCUUUCAUCAUGGUUCACACUCGAUCAGUCCGAGCUGGUAAUUCAUCUCUGCCUCAUGGGCAAGGUCAACCCCCCAACAACCUCCCACCUCUGAUCCCACCUCAACUUCCAACUCAACUUCCACCUCAGCUUCCACCUCAGGUCCCAAUUAUGUUCCCUCCUAGUGAUCAUGCAGAAGGAGGAGAUGAAAAUCAACCUCACGCCUCAGCUCACAACUCAACUUCCACUGCCAACCAAGACGUGGUUACAGCUCAGCUUGCUGCCAUGCAGCAGCAGUUUGGUGUUUUUCAGUUGGUACUGGCUCAGCUUCUAGCUAGAAGUAAUCCUGGUGAUCCCCUCAUUAAUUUACUAAACCCUGCUCAACAACCCCCAGUUACACAACAAAACCCCCAACCGGUUCAACCCGCUCUCGCUAUUAGUGAAUCCCAAGCUCAAUCCCACAUUGCACUCGCUCAACAACCCAUCCCUGAUGAUGUUACUCGCCGCCUUGAUAGCCUGGAGAAGCUAGUAGCCGAACACCGAGGUGCUCCACCCCCACAACAUGUUACUAAUUCCAUACCUCACCCCCUGAAUACCAACAUCACAUUGGAACCCUAUCCUACUGGCUUCAAAAUACCACAGUUGGAGACUUAUGAUGGGACGAAGGAUCCCGAUGACCACCUGCACGCCUUUUACUCUUGCAUGCAAGCUCAGAACGCCUCUGAUGCGUUAAUGUGCAAAAUUUUUCCCUCUACUCUGCGAGGUAAUGCUCGAACUUGGUAUUAUAGUUUACCUCCGAGGUCGAUCAGCUCUUAUACAGAAAUGACAUCUGCCUUUGCCACUAAGUUUUCCAGUAGAAGGUUGAUUAGGAAAACUACUUCUGAGUUGAUGAGAGUUAAACAGAGGGAUGGAGAAUCUCUGAAGAACUACAUGAGCAGGUUUAAUGAUGUAGUUUUGGAGGUUAGUUCUUUUGAUCAAGCUGUGGGAAUCGCAGCUGUGAUCGCUGGUCUCAAGCAUGACAGAUUCAGAGACAGUUUGAUCAAACAUGCUGCCACCACUUUUAGCGAGGUGAAUGAUCGAUCUCUUAAAUUCAUAACUGCUGAGGAAUAUGCCCUGGCGCAAAAUCCACCUUCCUCUAAGAACCAGAACCCAGAAUGGAGGGAUGACAACCUGAGCCGGAAAAGGAUGAGAAUGGCGCAGAAUCGAGGUCCGGUGUUGACCUCCCCACCGAGAUUCGGAAGGCCGAACUCAACACCCCAGCAACAGUCUGCAGGGAAAUAUGCGAAGUUCUGUGUGGAGUUGGAUGUAACCAAACCACUUUUACCUAUGAUAUGUAUCGAAGGAAGGGAGUAUAAGGUAGAAUACGAUGGGUUAGAUGUGGGCUUAGACAAUUCUCAGCGAGAACCGGCGAACCUAUUCUCGACACCGGUGGCGGAGAGGAGCUCGUGCACGUCCGCUCUCGGCGAUCGUGCUCCUGAGUCCCCCUCGGCACUCUCUACAUCACCACCAAGUACUCCCUUUAUUUUACAAGUGGUGUGGUUGAGCGAUGUUGACAGGACGAAUGGUUAUGCUGUUGAUUUCUUGUCUAUCUCGCUGCAUGCUGUUUCGAGAGAUCCAGAGGCUUACACACUUUUCCUUGUAUUUACAGUCAGAUUAGCUGGUCUCUGGGUUGGGGUUGGAAUGUCUUUGUGGGAUUUUAAAACUGAGCAGUCCUGGACUGAGACAGAAGAUGGUGAAGAGGAGUCUGAAGGCCCAGAUUCUGAAAGUGACGAGGUUUUAGAUUUAUCCAAGAUCACAAAGACGAGGCUUAUUCCUUCAGAUGCUGGCCAAUGUGUGUAUAUUUCAGAGCUUAUAUUCUCCGUGUGUGCCAAGCUGAAUCCUGAUCCUAUUGAAGAAGAUGAAGAGGGAGAAGGUUGGGUUUUCAGUGCUGAUCAGAUGGUAGAUGAGGCUAGAGAAAAUGAAGAUUCUGAAUGGGAUUUCUCCCACAAUCCAGUGAGCUCUAUUGGUCAGUCAAAUGGCAAUCAUGACCUUGCUCAUUCAGUGCUUCAGCUGCAGAUUAAUGACCAACGCUUUGAAGAUGCAGAAGAGAUGGAAAAUGUUUGGCAGAGUAAACUAAGGGUUCAUUUGAUGCAGUUUUUAAGUCCGCCAGGCCUGCCUCUAUUAGGAAACCUUCCCUUUCUUCAACCUGAUUUAAAUCACUACCUUACUAAAUUGUCUAACACCUAUGGUCCCAUCAUGAGGCUCCAACUGGGCAGAAAGAUUUGUAUUGUCAUAAGCUCCGCUUCGCUCGCCAAAAUAAUCCUAAAAGACAACGAUGCAAUCUUUGCUAACCAUGAGGUUUUAGCAACUGCGAAGAUUCUAUCGUAUGGUGGGAUUGAUAUUGCUUUCAGCCCUAAUGGCCCGCAAUGGAGGAAGAUGCGAAAGAUUUUUGCUCAUCAACUGAUGAGCAAUGCGAGCCUUGAUGCCUGCUAUGCACUUCGCCAACAGGGAGUACGAGAAAUGGUGAAGGAUGUGCAUAGUAAGGCCGGUUCCCCCAUUGAUAUCAGCGAGCAAAUGUUUAUCAUGGUGCUGAACGUAACGAUGAGCAUGGUAUGGGGUGCUCCGUUGCUUGGGGUGGAAAGGAACAGCAUGGGGCCCGAAUUUAGACGGUUAGUAAAGGAGGUCGUUGAAUUGAUCUCAACACCCAAUAUCUCUGAUCUUUUCCCAGUCUUUGCUCCAUUUGAUCUUCAAGGAAUCGAGUCAAAAAUGAAGGAGAUUUUUCUUUGGUUCGAUCAGAUGUUUGAAUCAGUCAUAGCAGGCCGAAUGAAGGAUAACGGUAAGGCUAAAAAGAAGGAUUUGUUGCAGUUCUUGUUAGAACUGAAGCAUCAAGGAGACAAUGGAAGUACCCCAUGUUUAUCGAUGGAUGAAAUUAAAGCAUUGUUUACGAAUAUUUUACUUGGUGCUACGGAUACUACAUCAACCACGGUGGAGUGGACAAUGACAGAAAUGCUACGACAUCCAGCAAAAAUGAGAAGAGCAAGGGAAGAAAUUGAGGAAGUGAUCGGAAACCAGAACAUUGUGGAGGAAUCCCAUUUGCCAAAACUGCUAUAUUUGGAUGCAGUCAUAAAAGAGACACUUCGACUACAUCCAACAGUUCCCUUCUUGGUGCCCCGCAACCCUAGUAAGGAUUGUUCCGUAGCCGGAUACACAAUCCCUCAAGGCUCCAGAAUCUUGAUUAAUUUAUGGAAAAUUCAGAGGGACGCCGACGUUUGGGAAAACCCUUCGGAAUUUGAACCGGAAAGGUUCUUGAAAGAGCCAGAAAAAGGUGAUUACCAUGGAAACUUUUUUAAUUUUCUUCCUUUUGGGUCUGGGAGGAGAAUCUGUGCAGGACUUCCUCUAGCUGAGAGAAUGAUGAAGUAUGUAUUGGCUACUCUGCUGCACUCUUUUGAAUGGGAAAUACCGAUUGAGGUGGAGCUUGAUGUGUCUGAGAAAUUUGGAUUUGUUAUGAAGAAAAUGAACCCUCUUGUUGCCAUACCUAUUCCAAGAUUAGCUACUUUGGAGCAGUACCACUGAGGCUGGGUCCCUGAUGGCGUUUACUGUUGAAAAUUAGAUCUUAUUAUUUAGCCAUUAUCUCUAUUUUAGGAAGUUUAAGUUAUUUAUUUGUUUUAGGUUGUUAUCAUUUAAAUUAGAUUAAAUAAGAUUGGCUAGU